AUGUCCGAUGAAGAAGAAAAGGAACGAAAUGGUCGUUCUGAUUUUGGUGUCGGCAACAGAGGUCGUAUUUAUCGAAGACGAAAUUUAAGUGAUGGACGCCGUUUCGGCAAGCAGGAUGACGGAGAUCAGCGGGAAAGGCGACGACAUGUCGAUUUGGAAGAAGAUGAUAUUUCAAGCAAACGAAAACGACAUGGUCCAGAUGCGGUUAAAGAUGAAAUUAUGUACAAGUUAACAGAAUUGCUCACACAUGUUGGUGAGAAGAGCAAUUCAUCGUUAGAAUCAAAUCUGGAAAGCCUGGCGCAUGUUUUGGAAACUGAUUUGGACACAUACAAAGAACACAUCAUUGAAAUCCUCGUGACCUGUAUAUGCAGUAUGCCGGAUAAAUUAACGGUUUAUUCUACUUUGGUUGGGCUGCUAAAUGCGAAGAAAUACAAUUUCGGUGCGGAGCUUUUGGACAAACUGCUUACAAGAUUGAAUGAAUUGAUGAAAGCGAACGAUUUUGACCACGCUUUAUAUAUUGUGAUAUUUUUUUCUGAUUUGGUCAACUGCAGGGUAAUCACAUUGGAUUCGUUUGUAGAUUUCCUUAGAGAUCUCGUAAGUAGUGGUUCCCAAACAGGGAUGCCGCAGAUAAGGCGUGAUUGGUUUAUCUAUGUAUUUCUACAUUGUCUUCCUUGGGUUGGCCAAGAACUUGCCGAAAAGAAUCAAGAACAGUUAAAUGCCAUGUUGAACGUUGUUGAAAAUUAUCUGCAUUCUCGAAAUAAGGAGCAUGUGAAGAUCCUACAAGUUUGGACGAAGUCCAUUCAUGAACAAGAAGAAUAUUUGGAUUGUUUAUGGGCACAAAUCUUGAAAUUGCAGUCCGACAGAUGGAGGGAAAAGUUUAUCAGCCGUCAUUAUGUUUCUUUUGACGGAACAUUAGCGGAUGCGCUACAGCAUAGUUUGCCAAGCUUUGAGCCGCCACCCCAUACUCCAAAUAGUAUCUAUCCUCUUCCGAAUGUGGUAUUCCGCUUUUUUGAUUACGCCGAUUGUCCAGAUGAUGGACCGCUUCUUCCUGGUGCACAUUCUAUAGAACGUUUCUUGGUUGAAGAGGAAUUACGGUGGAUCUUGGAUCAGGAAAAAACAAAUAGAAAAAAAUGUGCAUCAAGAUUAUUGGAAUACGAUAAACGCACACUGGUACCAAUAAACUAUGUUAUAUUGGAAGUGAUUUUUUCGCAAUUAUUUCAUUUACCCGAGGCACCUACUCGGCCAAUAUUUUAUGGAAGUUUAUUGAUUGAAUUAUGCAAAACUAAAAGUAUGCCUCAGGUAAUAGCACAGGCUGCCGAAAUAUUUUACCAAAGGAUAGAUUCGAUGCAAGUUGCUUGUAUUGAUAGAUUAAUUGAUUGGUUCAGCUAUCACAUGUCAAAUUUUGAGUACCGAUGGUCAUGGUCGGAUUGGAGUGACUGCGUUGAAUUAGACCGUCUUGCUCCGAAGCAUAUGUUCGUACGGGAGGUACUGGAUAAGUGUAUGCGGCUUUCAUAUCACCAAAGAUUAGCAGAAUUUUUACCCGUUGCAUUUGCAAAAAUGAUACCGCAGAAGCCUGUCAUAUCCUACGAUCUCAAUGAUGACGAACAUCCAGACCGCGACUUUGCUAUGGUUCUGGAAAAAGCCUUCCGUGAAAAGAUAUCAGCCGAUGAGAUGACUGAUUUACUACGUAGCAAAACUGGAAAUCGAAUGGAUAUAAACUCUAGAUUGUCCGUUUUUUUCAAAGUAUUGCUUUAUUUGGCUCGGAAAACUUUCAGUCAUAAUUUUGCUGCAUUAACGAGAUAUUAUUCAACUCUGAAAGAAUUUAUUGGUGGUAGGGAGGAUGCGCAGUUAACUAUUUUGAGGACACUUUAUGAAACUUGGAAGCUCCAUGGACAGAUGAUAAUAGUACUGGUGAUAAAAUUAUUGAAAAUGUCACUGGUUGACGCCAGUGCUGUUGUGGCUUGGUUGUUCAGUGAUGAAAUGAAACCUGAGUUUGAACGAAUAUGGAUUUGGGAAGUCCUGGACAGAGCCCUUGAACAUGUCAGUGGGCAUGUUCAUCGAAGCAGACAAGCAAUAGAGUACUCAAAACUGGAAAAAGAGCAGAAAGAGUCGGAUCACGAAAAGGAUGAUUUUGAUAUGGAAACAGAUGAACAUGAUAUGGCUGAUCCUAAUACAUUUGUAAAAGAAAGCGAAUUUGCUGAUUUACAUGAGUGUUUGAAAAACUUGCUUCUUGACGUACUCCAUAAGUUUACCGUCACUUUAGCGGAACACAUCGUCAAUAGCGAAAGCAGUGGGAGUGAUUUCCAGAAUAACUGGUACCUGUAUAUCACUGGACGUUUCAAGAAUGUAUUUCUAAAGCAUUGGAGGGACCUAUUUGAAUUUCGGGAGGCACUCGAGAAAGAGCUUUUUAAGGAAUUCGCUAUUGACAACAAUGUGAUGGAAAAUUAUAAUCAAUUCAAAGCCCUUAUGGCGUAA